AUGAACAAAAAUGAUGUAAAAGAUUUAGUGGAUAUUUCCCUGGAGGCAGAUUCAAAAGUUUAUGAAGUAAAAUCUUCAUCUUCAUCUAAUCAUGUAAUAUCAAUUGCAAACUCAAAAGAUUCUAUCAUAGAUUAUGGUAAUUCAGUUAAAGUAUUUGAAACAAAAAAAACUGAAGAAAGUUUAGAACAAAAAAUGGCUCGAAUAAAAAGAGAAUUGGAAUCAUUAUCAGAAAUAGUGGGAGAAACAAAAAUAUCAUCUUUGUUGGAUUUGUAUAACAAGCUAACCAUAAAUAACAACGUUGAAUUUACUGAAAUACAUAAUAAAAUAGGCUUUGAUGAUAAUAAUGAAGAUGAAAGGGAACUUAAAAAUAUAAAAUUACCAAGUACCAUACAAUUUGACUAUGAAUGUACCCGUAUCUUUUCAAGUUUAGAGAAAAGAGUAACAAAAUUAGAACAGCUUGUAGGUUAUGAUGCAACUAUGUUGAAAAAUCAUGAAACUAUAACAAGUAAAAUUAAUACUUUAUAUCGAAAAUUAGAACUGAUAGGAGAUAAUAAACAAACUAUGUUGGAUAAAUUUUCUGAAAGAAUGAAGAAACUAAAUACGGAUUAUGAGGACUCGCUAAUGAGGAGAAGUGCGGAUAUCAAUUCUGAGGUAGAAAAAGAUUUGAAAGAUAAAAUGGUAAAUAGAGAAGAUAAAAUUGAUGAACUAUAUUCGUUUUAUCAAUCUGUACAGAAUUAUGAUGAGGUAUUACCUAAAUUAGUAAAAAGAUUAGAAAAUUUAAAUGCACUUAGUAUGAAAUUGGAUGAUUCUUCGGAAGUAAUACUUUCACUAAAUGAUAAAAUUGAAUGGUUAGAAGAACAAUGCAAUGCAUGGCAAUCAACUGUGGAGAUGUUGGAAACUGCUCGUGAAAGAUCUGAAGGACAAGAGCAGAAAUGA